AUACAUUAUAUAAAUUGGAAAGGAAUGGAAAAGACAUUUCGCAUUUGUAACUAAUACAAACUAAAGCAAGGAAAGCCACAUAUUAGCCAAUAGUUUAGGGAUUUAGGAAGAAGGAACAUUCUUUAAGAUGUCCAAGCAGGCAGUUGUGAAACCAAAAACUACCUCUAAGAGCAAACCAGUGGCAAAAGAGGAAGCCAAAAGUCAGGAGAAUGGUACGGAUAAAGAUGAAGAGAUAGCGAGACAGUUACAGGAGCAAAUGUUACGAGAACAAGAGGAAUCCGACGCUGAUCUAGCUAGACGCUUACACGAGGAGGAACAAAGUAAACGUCUUAGGAGUUUUCAUCCUCCACCAGGACGCCCCAUGAGUGCCACGCCCAUCAGACAACUGUUUCAGACCAUGUUUAAUCUAAGGCCAGAGGCUCUUGAGGUUGAAGCGGAGGAAGACGAAGAUGAAACCCCCGCCAUGGAACCAGACUCUCCUGAUGCUGUAACUGCUUCUGCAGCUAGUGGGGCCACUCCUAGUGUGCUAGCUGGUGCGACAGGGGUCACAGCCGGCAGGGGAGGGGGAAGAGGGGUGGUAUUUGGACGGAGGGCUGGGGCAGGGAGGUCACCUGACAGAGCGAGACGAGGAGGUCUAGCGAGGUCACCAGAGAGAGCGGUGAACAGGGCUAGAAGACAAGUACAAGCUUCUACAGAGGAAAGUGAAGGUAGCGCCCCAUCCGAUCCUCCUGCUCUUGACCAACUUCCAGGUGUCCGGCUCAAUCCUGCGUUCAGACCAGCCCAAGGGCAUGCAAAUCGUAGAAGAAUUGUGCUUCACAACACCAGUCCUCCAGAACAAGCCGACAAUCCUCAGCCAAUUGCGAGGCCAAUAGGGGCAAUGAGGCCCAUAUUAGGGGAAAGAGAACCAACAUUGAGCCUUCCAGACAAUGAGUAUGAUCCAGACUUUAUGGUGCUGGAUCUAGGAGCCAAUGAGAGACAGAGGGAGGCCAACUUUAUCAACAUGACUCGAGACCCGUUUCUGCUAAUGUUGCUAUUGAUGGGCCGUGAUCCAGGAUUAUUGAUUCCAGAUGAUGUUGACUUAGGUGAUUAUGAAGCAUUAUGGGGAUUAGCAGAAAGGCUUGGGGAAGUGCGUAGUCGGGGGAUGAAGGAGGAGGAAAUUAACAAAUUACCAACACGAACGUAUCGUCGUAAAGGCGUAGGUAAAGGCACGGAGGAAACAUGCAGUAUAUGUAUGUCAGAGUACAAAAUGGCCGAAAAUGUUCAAAUGUUGCCUUGCCAACAUGAAUAUCAUAAAGAUUGUUUACUAGAGUGGCUAAAAAGAAAUGCUACAUGUCCAAUAUGCAGACAUGAUGUAAAGAAAACACCUAAUACCACUAGCUAAAAAGAAGUAAAUAUAGUGAUAAUUAUAAAUAAUAAUAAUAAAUAGUGUAUGUGAUAACAUUGCUGGCUCAAUGUAUUUAUAGAAGAAAAAAUAAAUCAGCUAUUCCAGUUUACCAGAAUUUAAAAAUGACAUCAAAUCAGUGAACCAGUCAGAGAACAAGACUACCAAUUUUCAAAAAAAUCAGACUGGUUUACUGAUAUAAAUAAUUUGAUUUUUUCAUAAGAGCAAUGAACAAUUUCUAUAUUUUUGAAAGUGGAAAUAAUGUGUUCUUUCAAAGACAAUGUUUUUGACAGUUGUUGUAUUAUUAAAAGGACUCCACAGAGGUUUUUAAUUUAAAAUGAUGGAACUGAAAAUGUUGUUUUUGUGAUUUUAAUUACAUUUGAAAUAGGUCUAAACCAAUAAAAAAAAAUCAGAUCAAUUUGCAGAAAUUUUGCAAAAUAAUUAUUUUAUAUUGUGCAAAGUGACAUAUAAAUAAAAAAGGUUUAAAUGUUUUUAAACUUAAAUUAGACAUCACAUCACACUAGAUAUUGAUCUUCAGUUUAAUACUGAGUAUACUAUUCAUCAUGUUUUUCAUACUGUUCUGUUUCAAGUGCCCCAGUCCGUACACAUGUACAUGAACAUUUUUUCAAAUUCUCUGUUUUCAAACCUUUGGACCUCAGUGGAGUCCUUUUAACCUUUCAAAACUAUGCCUUACUAUGUUUGAAUUAUUGUAUUUAAAAAUUAUUUGUUAUAUUUAGUUUUGCACCAGAACAACUGUACAAUAUACACAAUUUACUAUGAAGCACUUUUAAUUGCUGUGAUUUAGUUAUGUAAAUUUGAAUUGUUAAAUGUUCUGUCAUCUGUGCCAAAGGUAGUUAGAAUGGUUUCAAAGUUUGUGAUAAUCUUUUUAACCUUUACCGUGCUGGUGUCGACUUAAUCUAAUCAUUCAACCA